AUGGCUGAAAAGUGCCUUGAACUGGUGGAACAAGUGACCUUGGCGCUGCAUCAGAAUGAAGAUGUCUCAAAGGCUUUACGACUUGAAGAUUUUAGUGGUUCUACUCAACAUUUGCCUCGGCCAGAGUUGAAACGCCGUAAGAAAGAGUCAUCUCCGAAUGACGCCUUAACUCCGAAGAAAGGAAAAACUUUUUUGGCAGAUAAAGUGAGGGUAUAUCUUCCCGCCCCCUGUCUUUGUGGUUCUACUAAGUAUUUUCCUCGGCCAAAGAUGAAACGCUGUCAUGAAGAGUCCUCUUCGAGUGACGCCUCAACUCCAAAGGAAAGAGAUUCAUCUGUAACCGAAUUUUUGGAAUGGUGCCAGAAACAGUUGAGGACGUUUUACACUGACACCAUGUGUCAAGUGAAAAUAACACCGUCGGACCCAGACAACACGGUACACAUUAAUGACUUUUACAUAGAGCCAACGUGUUUACGAGACCGCAGAAAACCUGACGGGACAACGAAAGAAAAGCUGGGUGACAGCAGUGAAGUAUUUGAAGGUGACGAACAUCAUCCCAAUCGUAGACGAAUUCUAGUGUAUGGAAGACCUGGAAUAGGAAAGUCUGCUUUCACUCAAAAAGUAGCUGUGGAUUGGGCAAAUGGCAAAAAGGAGAUCCUCAAAAAGUUCACUCUUUUACUGUUAAUCAGGUUGCAAGACGUUUGUGAUAGUCCGGACCUCUGUACCAUGUUGAAAACUACUGAACUGUUGUCUGCUGAUAACCCGAUGGCAGUCAAUAACUUGUGUGAAUAUGUCCGUCAGAACCAAGAGAAAGUGCUGCUCAUUUUGGAUGGAUAUGAUGAGUACAGCAGUGGAAAAUCGUCCCUAAUUCAUCAGAUUUGGAGAGGCAGUCAACUGAGAGACUGUUGUGUAAUGAUCACAACGCGGCGAUUGAAGGAGGAUGAACUAAGAGUGCAAAGUAAUGUUCAGUUUGAACUUAACGGGUUCGAUAGCCGGGAACAGAAGGAACAGUUUGCUAGUAAGAUUCUUCCUGAUGAGGAAGAUGUCGAAGGGCUACUUGAAUACCUGGAGGAGCAUGACCUCAAGGAGAUGGCAGAGAUUCCGCUAUUAUUGUUGAAGUUGUGUCUUCUCUGGAAAGAGAAAAAGCAUCAAUCACCAACAUCUCGUGCGGAAAUUUACGUAGGAUUUAUUCAGACUCUCUUGAAUCAUAUGGCUACUAAAGACUCGGACGACGUCGCAACAGAUGAAAGCAUAGAUAAAUAUCAAGAGGAACUUUCCAAAAUAGGAAAACUUGCCUUUGAUGCUCUUUUGGAGGACUGCCUUCAUUUUGACUUCACCAAAUUUCCGCAUGGUGAUCUCUUCGAGAAGCUUAUUCAUGUCGGUUUUUUCCAAGUUUCCAAACUUUCUGUUUUGAACCGUGAGAAGAUCGUGUAUUUUCUUCACAAGUCCGUUCAGGAGUUUCUCGCCGCCUGGUUCAUCGUUCAAGAACUGAAGGUUAAGAAGAAUGAAACCGUCACCUUCUUGUCGGGAAUGGAUACGUUUGAAAAAUCAAGGAAGAUGGCUGAAGUUCUAAGAUUCGUUUGUGAGUUGUCAUCAGAUGCUGUCGGCAUUGUUUUUGAUCAUCUACAUUAUAUCGCAGAGAAAGAAGGUCUCACAAAUUACAACUUCACUAGGACGCCUGCAGACGAAGAUUUGUCUGGUAAACAAUGCGCCUUUAUUAAACUCUGUGUCGAUUGUUUGUUCUGUUGUCCGGCCUCAAACAGACCAGCUGUGUAUUCUGCAUUUCUUUCAUGUGUUAACCAUGUUGUAAUACUUGAUAAGAAACACUCGUCUAUUGCUGCCAAAACGCACUUCUUCAAUAACACCGACAGCUCUCCAAACUAUUUAUUUUACUCACGUUGGAACACUAAUUAUGAUGAUCUUCUAUCCAUAUGGUUUGACUUGAACGCGGUCGUUUUAACGUGCUCUGGAGAAAUUGAAGAUGUAAAAAAAUACGCCGAUUUACGCCAUGCGGACUUUUUCCUCAAAAAAAGCGAAAAGAGAAACCUUAUCUAUCUUCGUUGCAUAACAGAUGCUGUAUUUCACUCUAAACUGCUUUCUGAAUUGAUCUCAGCGCCGGUUUGUCCUUCUCAGCCACCUGUGGAUAAUCUGGGAAAGAAUGAAGACAACAACAUUGCGCUUUCUUUGACUGAGAACAGAUCUGACCAGACACAACAACAUUGUGUGUCACUGGUGAGAGAGGUUGAUUCAUUGGUGAAAACAGUUGAGGAUUUUGUUCUGUUGAAGAACUUGUUGCCUUUAUUAACAGCUCCUCGAAAUAUUAACAUAUGGGGGAUCAAGACAUAUGCCUUGGAAGGUAUUUCGAUUGAGAGCGCGAUUUACGGAAUUAAUUUUACUGACAAUCUCCACAAAUUAAAACUUCACAAUUUCAAUCUAACAGGAAAGUGUGCUGCUUUUAUUGCUGAGUCACUGCACCACUCUCCAAACUUGCAUGAGCUCUGCUUGUCAAGGAACCCCUUACACAGCGGUGUGAGUCAUUUGGCUGAGAAUCUUCAUCACGUGCCACAGUUGACUGAGUUAGAGUUAGUUGAAGUACAAAUGGGAGAAAAGGAAUGUGCUGCACUGGCUUCCUCACUACAGUACUUAAACAAGUUAGAAAGACUGAUUAUAUCAGAAAAUGCAUUGGGUCACGGGAUUAUUGAACUGGCCAAGAACCUGAACAGUGUACCCAAUCUGACUUGGCUGAACCUAUCGGAUACAAAUAUAGGUGAAGAUGAAGCAUCAGCACUGGCUUGUGCACUAAAGGAUGUACCAGAGCUGAGCAUUCUUAGUCUAGGGUCCAAUCCACUUGGCAGAGGAGUCAUGGACCUGGUCCAGCAUCUCUGCAGUGUUCCUAAGCCGAAGGAGGACCUAUCCCCGUGCCUGGAUGGUGUUCAAAUGACAAAGUUGACUGAAUUAGAGUUACAGGAUGUAAAAAUGGGAGAAAAGGAAUGUGCUGCACUGGCUGCCUCAUUACAGUACUUAAAGAAGUUAGAAGAACUGGAUAUGUCAAACAAUGUACUGGGUCACGGGAUUAUUGAACUGGCCAAGAACCUGAACAGUGUACCUACUCUGACCAAACUGGACCUGAAGAACACAAAUAUGGGUGAAGAUGAAGCAUCAGCACUGGCUCGUGUACUGAAGGAUGCACCAGAGCUGAGAUAUCUUAGUUUAGGGUCCAAUCCACUUGGCAGAGGAGUCAGGGACCUGGUCCAGCACCUCAGCAGCGUUCCUAAACUGAAGUUCCUGGAUCUGGAUGGUGUUCCGAUGACAAAGACAGAGCUUAAAAUGCUGUUUUCAGCCUUAAAUGGAAGAGAAAUUACAUUGUAUACCGAUUACCAUGUAAGUGUCUCGUUCUUGUUUCACUUAGUCGUAUCUAAUUUUUAUUUUGGUUCUCUUCAGAUUACACUUGUUAUUGUUUCCAGCAAGUUGCUUUGGAGACAAUUUAUUGGAGUAGUCUGCAUGGGAAAGAAUGUAGACAUCAGGAACAGUCACUGUUUUCGACAUUUACUAUUUCUAUGUUGUGACAACAGGAGCCAUUGUUGGGGAUGGCGGAGACCGUAAACAGCCCAUGUUAAGUACUUUAAUGGUUCAUGUAUUGCUUCUUUGACUAUGGUUUCCAGAAAAAUAUGUUUAAGAUUAAA